AUGCAAACCUUGAAAAACGCAUUUCUAGAAAACAAAGAUUUGAGCAUUUCAGGAGAUGGAGUUAAUGGGAAUUUCCGGAAGACAACUGCUGUGAAAUUAUGGGAUGAGCAAAUGAAGAGAAUAGAAAUUGAGCUUAAAAAGCUCCCUCGAGGCUUGGCUACUUGGUUAGCAUCUUUAGAUGAAACUUUUAAUAAAGGAAAAGCAAGCUUGAGGAGCAAUGAUAAAAAUAAGUUAAAGAAGCAAAAGUCUGGUCGCGAAGUAAAUGCGAGUACACUAUCUGCAAUUGAUAACGUGCUACUCAGCGAUAAUAAUCUGUCUGUCGGUACAGUUAUAAAAAGAAAAGCUGUUGAAUUAUUCAAUGACGGGCCUGCUGUCAAUUCAAGAGAAUAUAAAAUUAUGACGAACGGUUUAUCUUCUAUUUUAGACAUCUGUGAUAUCACGGAAAGCUCACAAAAAUCCCUAUUUAACGACAGUGACUGGGAAUUUUUAGUCAAAACGUAUACUGACAAAUACGAUAUUACCUUGAUUCCCGUUAAUGAUCUGAUCCUCUCUACUUGGAAAAUUGUGGUUAAUAGCAUUACAAAUACAAGAGACAUUAGUUUCAAAUUGAAGUAUAUUUACCAAAUUUUCCCAAAACACCUCAAAAAACACUAUUUCUUUUGCUUAAAAUUAUGUGAACACAUGUUAAAUCUCAUACAAAUGCAUCCCACCAUGUUAAUUAAAGUUGAUCCUCCUGCCUUCUCCGAAAAUGAUCAUUUACGUGUAGUAUGGUCUGAUUUCUUUGAGUAUCUCUUCCCCGCCUCUGGAAACAUCAAGAUUAAAACAGUUGUUGUUACUAUGCCAAAUGUUAGUAUGGGCUGGUCCGUUCAAAAUGGUGGCUCCUCUUGUUUCUUUUGUGCUGUUCACUUGGAUGCGGAUGGUCUAUACUUAAAGGUUCCCAAGUUUCAGUUUUCUCUUCCCUCUACGAUUGCUGAUUUUGGUGACUAUACUGAUUUCUUGAAGUUUCUGGCUUCCAAGCACUCUGGGCAAGCAGCUUUUGGUAAAGCCAAUAAUGAUGAAGCAAACCUUGAUCCACGUAUCUAUUGGAUUCGGGAUCUUUACUAUACCCCUCCUUCAAACACAAAACCUGGUUUAACUACAUACCUGUUUGACUGUGCCCCUCCAUCAUCAAUUAUGGAUAAAUUGUUAAGUUUAUCGCACGAGAAAAAACAAGAUCUGAAUCAUAUAUACAAAGACUGUGUGUUUGAUGAAAACGGUUGGACCUUUUCUGGGGAUCAUUGUUUCAACACGAUUAUCAACGAGCGAUCAACUUCCUCGUCAUAUAAAGCCAGUGAUGACGAAGAGGGUUUUACCUCAUCCGAUGAUAACCCCAUCCCUGAUUCUGAUACCGCCGCCAGUGAAUUCGAUACCGUAAUGGUUCAAGAUUCUGAUACCAUCGCCCAGGAAUUUGAUGCCGCCACAGGUAAUUCCGAUGCCGCAAUUCAAAAUUCUGGUACAAACAACCAAAAUCCUGAUACGGCUACUCAUGGCGAUCGCAUGGUUUCAUCUCCUACUUCUGUCUCUCGCGCUCAAACGUAUCAAGGUGGUGUUUAAUGACAAGAACGACUUUGGACUCUUUUGGCGUCAAACGGAGUCAAAUUCCUAUAAAGAAACUGGUUAUACUGAAUCAUGUAUCGAUUGGGUAGAACUCUAUCUUUUCCAGGCCGUUAGUAACAUUGGAAAUCUAUCCGAAGAAAGUACUGAUAGUACACUGCCAAAAAUCUAUGGCUAACUCCUUCUGGCGAACAUUAAACCAUUAAGCAAAUUGAUUCGAAGAUGGCAUCCACCGCGAAAUUU